AAACUCAUGUGCGUUUCUUAAAAUGACGUUUAUACCCCCUAAUAAUUAUGUAUUCACUCUAUCGAAUUUGACAGAAAGAUCUCGUUAAUUUGAAUUCUAAGGGUAAAACCGUCAAAGUGUGUGUCUCUUUUUCCGAGGUAGCAAUAGACAAAUUGAGGAGACCGAUAACUCAAGCAAACUCAGAUUCUUGAGAGCGAUUUAACGAAGAAGGCUAAAGAAGACCCAAGAGUACCAAGACAAAGGGCUGAUUAAUGCUUUUCUAGGCAUAUCAUGGACUCACUUUGUUCUCCGAGUCGAAUCGUUCUAGUCACUUUCUUCCUCCUCUGCUUCUUCGCCGGAGCUUUAUCGGCGACAAGACCUGGUUUCGUCUACACCAGACACAGAGGACGAUGCACGCCGCAGUAUUGGAGCAGCCAGAGGGAAGCAUGGCCGAGGAUGGUACCGGAGAGAUCAACGGUAGAGAAGAUAUUCGGAGUGAUGGUAGCAAAAGAACGGUGGAGAUCUGAUCUAACGCUAGUGGAAUCAACGGCUAGGAAUGACGAAGAAGGUAACGCGUACGGUGCGUUGCUGAAACAGGGGAUCGCAGCUCUUGUCAAUUCUUACGCCAGAAGAAGUUUCUCUUAUGCACCAUGGGAAGUGAAGACGAUGCUGAUUCAAGCCAUGGUUUCGGAGCCGGCUGCUCGCCGGCAAGCCGAAAAGUUCGCCGUCGCUAACGUGGCUUGUGACUAAAAAAACACUGAGAAUCUAGUUACUUUUGUCGUCUUUAGGUUUGAAUUUAAGCUUUUUGUCGUGUACCCAAGUUUGCUACUAGAUGAUGGGCCUACGUUUUUACAAAAGCUAAGAGGCCCAAAUUAAACAGAGACCAUGAGUGUUUUGUAGUGUUUGGAAACGACUCUUCUUAUAUACUCUCGUGUUUGUUUAUUAACCCGAUUAGGGAUAUGUA